AACCAAUCCGACGGUCCUCGACCAUCAUCGUCAUCAAAUCACAAACCCUAGCUCUCAUAUAAUCUGCCCCCUCCCCCCAUUUCCCCCCUCUCUCUCUCUCCUGCCCCCAUUGCUGCCGCUUUCUCACUCCUCCCUUCAACAAAGAGAGAGUAGAGAGAGAGAGAGAGAGAAAGAAGAAGGAGAUCGAUGUCGGACGAGGAGCACCACUUCGAAUCGAAGGCCGACGCCGGCGCAUCGAAGACCUACCCUCAGCAAGCUGGCACCAUUCGAAAGAACGGCUACCUCGUCAUCAAGGGGAGGCCCUGCAAGGUUGUUGAGGUUUCAACUUCCAAAACAGGCAAGCACGGUCAUGCAAAGUGCCACUUUGUGGCAAUUGAUAUCUUCAAUUCGAAAAAGCUUGAAGAUAUUGUGCCCUCCUCCCACAACUGUGAUGUUCCUCAUGUCAACCGCACUGAUUAUCAACUCAUAGACAUAUCUGAAGAUGGUUUCGUGAGUCUUUUGACUGAAAAUGGAAACACCAAAGAUGACUUGAGGCUUCCCACUGAUGACAAUCUCCUUACCCAGAUCAAGGAUGGGUUUGCUGAUGGGAAGGAUCUGGUUGUGACUGUGAUGUCUGCUAUGGGAGAGGAACAGAUCUGUGCUCUGAAGGACAUUGGCCCCAAAAACUAAGCUUCUCGAGCUUUUUAGUAUCAAGACCAUAUAUAGACUCCUCCUUAAGUUUGUACCCUAAUAACAGAUGUUAUAGGUGAGAUUUGGGUUUUGAUUGAUAGAUAUCCUUCGGUUUAUGCGUCCAAGUAGAGACUAUGAUGACCUCUGGAAAAGAAUUGUGAUGUCCUUGUGGAUUUUAUCGAAGAUUGAUCUUUUAUCUUUCAAGUAUUUAAAAAACACAUUGACAAUGCUUUUACCUUUA